AUGUCUGAACCUCGAAAACUUCGCCCUCAGGUAACACUUCCACCAAGCACGACAGAUGCUGAUACCGGCGGAAACGUCAUUGGCAAGUCCGCACCCACUCAGGCGACAGGUCUUCCUACCCGUAGCCGAGCCAGGAAGAUCACUGUUCCUGUAGUCAACACCACCGUCAACGACCUACCUACUCCGGCACCUUCCUGCCCCAGUCGGGCCAAAAAAAACAAUUCCAAGGCCGUUAAGAAAAUUCCGGCUAGUGAAUCUAAUCCCAAUGUGUCCGUGCCCAUGGUGGACAUCAACAGGAUCAUUGUCUUGGAGGAUGGCAAUGAGCCCCUUGUCGACACUGAACCCAAUCAGUCUCUGGGACUUUCCAUGGAUGCGGCGCCCAACUUCGCCAUUAAUCUGGGAGCCACUCAGUACAAUGACCCCAGUCAAUCGACGGCACCAAGUGCCGACAUUAAACGAAUGAUGAACUUUGCCAGUAACUCCAAGCCCGGCGUGGGAGAGAAGGAUGCAGCUUCUGAGAGGGAGGCCAAUUCUGCCGUGGUCAAGCUCACCCAGAUGAAGUCAUACUGCACGUAUGGCGUCAAGCAAGUGGUCCUUAAUGUGGCUGAUCCGGAUGCCAUGCCCACUCAGGACCUUAUAUCACGUGGCAAUCGAGACCCAAAAAAACGGCCUUCAGACUUCGAGAACUCCCCACCUGCACAUCAUGCAGACAGUGCGGGGGGCAGGGUAUUGUCUGGGUCGAUUGGCUUUGGCCUGCCAUUGUCUGUCCAGGCCACGUUGAUUGCUGCAUCUGCCAGAGUUUCCCUGCCAGCAGAGGGCACGUUUUCAAUCAAAUCAACUUUCAUUCCGAUAAAUGAUUCGUCUGGGGUUCUUCCCUGUUCACCCAUCUCUGGCCCCACUCAGGUUGUGUCUCGUUCGCAUGGUCUCUACACGUUACGCCACAGGCUGGACAUACCUUCACUUACUUUCAUUGAUCCUAUGCUGCGCUAUCGCAAACCCAAGACUCCUGAUCCCGCUUCCAGUGAUGAAGAUUUCGAUUCCACGAUGCCAGAGGAUGAUAGGCUCCCCAUCCCUCUGGCCUCUUCCCUUCCGCAUCCAGUAACCGUAUAUUUCUGCCAUAUUGGCAGAGUCAUGGGGGGAAGGGGUUACAUUGGACAUCGUUUGAGAAUUUGGAAGGCCACUGGUGCUCACCCUGCCCAUCAGUAUACCCGGUUCACUUCCUGGUUCAAUCGGGUGACUCAACGAUGGGAGUCUCUCCGCCAAGGCUACACCACAGAUCCCCCUCCUGCGUCGAACCAUCUUGGCGAGGUGGAGGAAUGGUGGGAGGAAGCAACGAGAGUUGCCAGGCGUCAGGCCAAAUGCUUAGCGGAAGGGAGUGUAGGGUGUAGCGAAGACGAUGAAGCAGAGUCUGGCAAGAGUGCAGAUUCAGGUGACGGACCAGAGUCAGGUGUCAGAGCAGAGCCAGGCAACGGAGAGGAAGCAGAGUCAGGCAACGAAAUUAAGCCAGGGCACGAAGCAGAGGCAGAUAUAGAGUCUUCAUUGACACCAAGUGACUACAGCCAGUCCAGAAAGGCCAAAAAGCUUCAGCUUGACCAUGCUCGAAAGAAUCGGGGACUUGGCCACGACGUAAUGGAUACUGAGGAGGAGGAGGCCGAUGAUGAGAUGAUAAUGCAGGAAACGCCUUCAGGAGACGAUGAGGGAUCAGGUGUGGAGGGUGCAAGCGAAAGUCCUCAUGUGCGCCCUGUCGCUAGCGCAAAGGCACUGGGAAAGAAACAUUCAAAUCCCGCGCCGAAGGCUAAGCGUGGGCCUUUCUCAGUUUGUGAAAUGGAUCAAGUCAAGGAGCUUGCGGACACCAUCGUGGAAUACUGCAAGAACAUGGGCUGUACACCUGAGUCUGUCCUAUGCAAAGGGGGCUUCAAUGUCUCCCUUUCUCGCGAGCCGUCCUGGUGGGACGUAUGGCAAAUGUACCUGCGUCACCAGAGUUACAAUCCCGAACAGACUGCCAGUCGCUCGUGGCCUACCCAGGCCUCAGAGAUGUACAAGAUCCUUAUGGAGAACCUUUCAGAGGAUGAGCUGGAGGACUAUCGGCAGAAUAUGCUUGUAGAGUUGGCAGAGUUCAAGCCGGAGGUUGACCAGCAGGAGUUCAAGAUGACAAAGUUGGCUCUGAAGCAAGUUCAAGACUUGGCAACGGCGUUGGGAAGGGCGGACUUGGACAUGAUCGGGGUAAUCAUUCCUCGUGAUCCUGUGGCCAACCAGGCUGCUACCGUCAUCACAGGCAAUCCUUUGCUGCAAUGUGUCAUCAAGCACAGUCAAGUGGACAUCAAGAAGUUACUUCAUCAUUUGACAAUGCUCCUUUGGGGGAUGGCCUCUAAUUUUAUUGUACCAGAAACUGUGGACAUCUCGCAAUUGCUUGGAGUUGAUGUGGCGAACUUGGACGCAAAUGUAGAAGGCUCAAGCACAGUGCCGCAGCUGCCCCCCAUGGAACCCAGGGAGCACACGAAGGUUACAAAAAGUCUGGCCAAAAAAUCCAAGUCUUCGAAAGGUGUGGCAAGCUCUUCCGACCCUGAUUUAACUCAGCCAAUGAGUGCUGUUCCUGCGUCUUAUUGGAAUUGCCGAACCGCGGAAGGGUCUCGACCCAUGGAAUCUUCUCGAGAUCAUUCACAGAGAUGUGUACCUUACCUAAUGAAAUUUCAGAUUGUGGAUUGUGCAGGUCCUGUGAUAGCUUCGGCGUUGGCUUUGUGGGCCAACUUCUUCACCCACUGCCAUGACGAUCGAAUGAUUCUUGAACGUUGGCCUUGCAAUGAACCCAUCCCUGGAGCAAAGGGAUGGUCAAUAACCGACAUCAGUUCAAAUGGGAUUAAUAUGAUAUUCACGUACAUGAUUAGCAAGGAUGAGACGAAGGAGCUAGCUCCUCAAAUUGUCUCCCGGUCUGAUGAUUACAUGGACUUGGCAGAGGGGAGGGCACUCGUCGUCCUUGCCCAUGUCAGAAACUGCUUGCCAGAGGUUGAAAAUGCGGCUCGACAAAAUGAUGGAGGUGCUGACUGCCCUCCACUACUCUGUGCCAGAGCUCGUAGCCAGAUGAUCAAGGUCAACACCUUGAAGGUAGUCAAAAAGAAGAAGACGGCAACAACCUCCACACAAGUUGGCAGGCAGAAGCGCAAGUUACGUGAGGACUCCAAGCCUUCAGGAGCUGGUGUCCAGGUCGAAAAACCACCGACUUCUGAUGAGGAUACUCAGGCCGGCAACUCUUGCGCUCCUGUUAUCUCCCCCAUUCACUCUCCUCCGGCCAAACAUGUCUGUCGCCAGGAGAAGCCAGGCCAAGGGGCUGAUUUGGGUUCACGGCCAGUGCGCAAUAACCGAGGUGGACCCAGAGACAGUGGUUGGGAGAGUCAAGAAGGGCAGCAUCCCCAUAGCAUGACCCAGGGCUCAGGAAAUGAGUGCGGGUUGGACAAAGGACUCAAUUCCCAUGGGAUGUCCCAGCAGUGGCGUACUCAUGACGAUGCUGGGUCAAACCGUCCGAGAGGUGUCAUUCCAUGGAAUGACGCCGAUGUUCACAAUCACAAUGACUACGAUGCGGAUGUUAACAUGUAUGACGAAGAUGGGCACAACACUUUCAUGGAUGAGUAUCAGGCGACUAGGAUCACCAUCACCAACCUCCACCCCAGUUCUCGAAUUUCCAAUAUUAUGGUCACCAUCCAUGACAGUAUGCACCAUCUGACUUUGGUGGAAGAGGCCGUGGCAUCUGCCCCCAAUAUCGAGGACAUGGUCGUCCGUAUGACUCUCAUGGCUACUAUGGCCAAGGAAACGAAGGAUUUGCUGGGUUUGGCACUUGCGGGGUUGGACGGGGGCAUUCAGAGGCUGGUGAUGGGGAGCAACUCACAGGGUGGGUUUUGUGGUACUUAG